AUGGGCCAGAACCGGACUGGACUCGUGGCUCUGGUUCAUGGCAGGACAAGGAACAAGGGAAGAGAGGAGAAAGGAGGGCCGAACCUGGAGGCAAACACGCCGGGCCCUGUCGAGCCCUCUACGCACGAUCUGUGUUCUACUGUUCUUCUGCUCUUCAUCUCCCGCCUCUGCAACUUCCGCGCAUCAACCAAACAAUGCUCGCUGCUUGGUGGCCGUUUGGCCCUCGCCUCCCUCGCUGUCGGUGGACGAAAGAGUACGGUACCGACGGGCGGGGGAGGCGACAACGAGGCGACAACGAGCGGCGUUCAGAGCUCUUCCGUCGAUGCCACUCCAGGCAUUCCAGAGGGGAUCUUCAGUGGCCAAACAAUGCGGUCGCGGGAAACGGUAUCCUUGUAUCCGAGGGCGCAGGGCCGCAUUGGCUCCAGGACGCAUUCCCGGGCUGUCGCCAUGGGAAAGUGGGUGACGGGAUGCACAAGUCGAGUGCAGAAGACCAUCGAAUUGGUGAAAGACGUCGAUCAGAUCGAAACGUGCAGUGCCCUCCCGUUCGUCACCGAGGGUCUCUUCCCCUCACCUGGCACACCGCAGCAAUGA